AUGAAUGUAAAGUGCCAACAGCAUUCAUGGGAGUUCAUUAAAAACGAACAGAAAAAAUUAUUAAACAACAAAGAAGCAGGGAGUGGUCAGCAAAUGGGGGAUCAAUAUCAAGAACUUACAACAUGUGAAGAUAUUAGAAAAUUUCUAAAUUAUGUUUUAUUUAAUAAUCAAGAGCCCUCUUUUGACUUGAAUGAUAUUAUUGAGAAAUUGACUCCAUUCAUUUCCUUACAAACCACAAGAACUUCGUACUUGUAUGGUGAUGAAUUUAAAAUUGACUUGGAUUAA